CACGCGCUGCACCUGACAACACGGGAGAAGUGUUCACCCUGAUGGACGGUUCGGAUAUUCUUCUGUUUUAUAUCCUCUCAGCAGAGAUAACACUUUAAAACUUUGAAAAGACAAACUACCAUGUGCCUGAACGCUGUUUUCAGGUGGGAAUAAACGUCAAGUGGAUUUUGCACGCCGGGCUCCGGACCCAGAGACAGGAGAGAUUUAUCUGCACUUUGAAUAACUAUUUGUUUAUUAUCACAUUUUUCUGGACUGCUUUUAAUAUUUUUUUUCAACGCGAGUCUCAUAAUGCGACUUGUUCUGUCAUUUGCAACCUGUUGGGAGCUGACAGGUCUGGUGAAAAUGUUACAAGGUCGUUAAAUUUAUUGGAACGUGACCACCGGAGAUGAACUUUCUCCGUGCAGAUUGCAGGAGCUCUGGUGAAUGAUUGACAGCCGCUCGGGCUUUAUGGACAAACUGGAUGUACCAACUUGUUUAGUUUUAAUCAUUAAGAGACUGAGAGGAACAUAAUGAAGCUCUGGUCUUUGAGAUUCAUGAGAUGAACUAAAGCUUCUUGCCCCCUCCAUUUAUCCUUUUCUUGUUUUAAUGACUCUAAGUAAUUUAUAACACACUUUCUAUAUGGCAUUUACGCUGAGGGACCCGCGGCCCCUCGUGCUGCUGGUGCUGCUGCUGUUCCGGUGUCCUGGUCUCACUUUAGGAGCCUCCAAGGAGCUGGUGUGUGAGCCUAUAACUGUGCCCAUGUGCAGGGGCAUCGGCUACAACCUGACCUACAUGCCCAACCAGUUCAACCACGACACCCAGGAGGAGGUGGGGCUGGAGGUGCACCAGUUUUGGCCCCUGGUGCGGAUCCGCUGCUCCCCGGACCUGCUCUUCUUCCUGUGCAGCAUGUACACCCCGAUCUGCCUGCCGGACUACCGCAAGCCCCUGCCCCCCUGCCGCUCGGUGUGUGAACGGGCCAAACGAGGCUGCUCCCCCCUGAUGAGCCAGUAUGGCUUCGAGUGGCCCGAGAGGAUGAGCUGUGAGCAGCUGCCCCAGCUGGGCGACGAGGUCCUGUGCAUGGACCAGAACAGCAGCGAGACCACCACCCUGGCUCCACCUUUCCCCAAACCAACCCCUAAAGGCCGGACCAGACCGCCCAGCCCCCCUCAGUGUGACAGGGAGUGCCGCUGUCGAGACCCCCUGGUCCCCAUCAAGAGGGAGUCCCACUCUCUGUACGGCCAGGUCCACACCGGCCCCCUGCCCAACUGUGCCCAGCCCUGCCACCAACCAUACUUCUCAGCCGACGAACGUGCCUUCACCACCUUCUGGGUGGGACUCUGGUCGGUGCUGUGCUUCAUCUCCACCUUCACCACUGUCGCCACCUUCCUUAUUGACAUGGAGCGCUUCAAGUACCCAGAGAGGCCCAUCAUCUUCCUCGCUACCUGCUACCUCUUCGUGUCUCUGGGUUACAUCAUCCGCCUGGUGGCAGGUCAUGAGCGGGUGGCGUGUGGCACCAGCAGCAGCGUCGGGGGGGACCAGCUGCACAUCCUCUACGACACCACCGGCCCCGCUCUCUGCACCCUCGUCUUCUUGUUGGUGUACUUCUUCGGCAUGGCCAGCUCCAUCUGGUGGGUGGUGCUGUGCUUUUCCUGGUUUCUGGCUGCAGGGAUGAAGUGGGGCAGCGAGGCCAUCGCAGGAUACUCUCAGUACUUCCACCUGGCCGCAUGGCUCAUCCCAAGUGUCAAGACUAUCGUGGUGCUGGCUCUCAGCUCUGUGGACGGGGACCCUGUGGCUGGAAUCUGCUACGUGGGGAACCAGAGUCUGGAGAACCUCAGGGGAUUCGUACUCGCACCUCUGGUGGUUUAUCUCUUCACCGGCUCACUUUUCUUACUUGCCGGCUUUGUUUCUCUCUUUCGCAUCAGAAGCAUCAUCAAGCAAGGUGGAACAAAGACAGACAAACUGGAGCGGCUGAUGAUCCGCAUCGGGCUCUUCACUGUGCUGUACACGGUCCCUGCCACCAUCGUGGUGGCCUGCCUGGUCUACGAGCAGCACUACAGGCCCGGCUGGGAGCGAGCGCUGGCCUGCUCCUGCCCGUCUGAACGCCAGCGCUCGGGCAUGGGCCCAGACUAUGCCGUCUUCAUGCUCAAAUACUUAAUGUGCUUGGUGGUGGGCAUCACCUCAGGAGUCUGGAUUUGGUCAGGAAAAACCCUAGAGUCCUGGAGGAGGUUUGUGGCUCGAUGCUGCCCCUGCUGGCCGCAGAAAGCCACUGCUCCACCCUCCAUGUACAGUGAGGCCAGCACUGCUUUAACUGGACACACUGGAACUGGACUUACCUCAGGGAUCUACCAUAAAGCUGCUCCGUUGCAUAUAUGAAGUGAAUGAAGAAAAGGAGGACUGAUCUAGGUGCAGUCACCUCUCUGGACAGAAAUGAACUAAACUAUCCAAACACCCAGAAAGUUAAUGCGGACAAACAUUUCCUUGCGAAUCAUUGGGCUCUGAAUAGUGAAAAUAUGAAAAACAUUGGACCAAAAGAUGCAGAGCGUCAAAAGAGAAAAUUCAACAUCCUUGGUAAUAGAAAUUUAAACAAACAUUAAACAAAGCUUAUUUAAAAGAGUCUGACUUUUGUGAAAAGUGACUCCAACAAUUGAAAUUUCGAAGCGGUCGACCACAGUUGACAUUUACUUGGAAAAUGAUCUUAAAGGCCCACAGAGUUACAUGGAUCCAUGAUGGAGUCACGCAUGCUUCUUCCUGUCUGUUUACCCUGAGCAUUGAGAGAAAAAAACAUAUUUAUUGAUGUAUAUAUUGUAAAAAUAUGCUGUAAAAAAUAUUAGGUGUAUAGUGUGUUAAUGUUUAGUUUGUAACCAACCAAUGCCACUGACACAAGCUAAGUCUGCGACACCAGAGAGACAAAUCUUGUCUGAUUUAAAUCGUAUUAAGUUGUACAUAAAUGUGACAUUUCAUUUCAAUGUUUGAGUGUGAUAUCUGGUGUGUUUUGAAUGAAUACAAACUGAAACAGUGCUGAAAAACUGUCUUUGUGUUUCCUCAGACUGGGAAGUCAUCUGAGAAUCACUCAAACAAAAAGGAAUUGAGUCUCUUUAAAGGAUACUGUUGUGACCUCUUAAGCCUGUUGUUUGUAUACAUCCCACUCAAAGUCACUAAAGACUGAACUGGUUUUGUUUAUGUUGUUUGAAGCAACAGGCUGUGAUCUGGUUAGAGCUGCAGGAAGACACGUCUUUACCCCCAUCUGCUGGUGAACAGGGCUCAAGUUAUGAUCUCCAUCAGGGAUCCAAAUAUAUCAACUUUAAUGUAUUAAUUGAUUUUUUUACCAAAACUAUGUAAACAAAAAAGUAUAAAUUACGAAUAAAUAGUGAUAACAGGGAAAUCUACUACUGGAAACAUAAUGUAUUGAAAAUUCUUUAUGGCUUAUUUUAGGACAGUUCUGCCGGGGCCUCCCUGAUACACAGUAAAAGACCCCUGAAAGAUCCCUGGACCUCACUUUGAGAACCAUUGCGUUCACAUGAUUUCAUUGCCACGAAGAGACAUAUGUUGUGGUACGUAGACUUUUAAAAUAAUUACAUUAAGAAACGAGACGACCGACUGAACAUUACCCAGCAUCCAUUUUAUUGAGCGACUAUUCAUUAGUAAUGCAAUUCAUGCUUUUGACAGUUGACACUGUAAACUGAGGCUCGCUCUGUUGGUUGCAGAAAAUAAACAAUUUAAAGUUGCCUUGGUGAUAGGCAUUAUAAAAAUCUGCAGAUUAAUUGAUGAUGAAAAUCAUAAUUACUAGUAGCACCAUUUUUGUUUAAUCUUUAAAAUCAAACUAUGUGGCUUUUAUAUAUUUUAUUUUUGUGACAAUCUAACUUAAAGGAGACAUAUUUUUACCUCGUUUGCAGGAUUAUUGGGUUUCUAUUAGACAUGAUUACAUUUUUUAUUUUACCCAACAAAAACACGGUCUGCAUUCACCCCCCAAAAAGGUUUCUUUGCUCUGAUUGGCUAACAAUAGAUGCUGCAAAGGUAGUUCUCCAGCCAUGGGUGCAGGUAUAUUCUAAUGAGCCUGAACGUGACAUAGGUUGUGGAAUCCUAAAUACAUCCUACCUAAUCUGGUCUAAUGUGGAUCAUCAGUUUUAGGAGUCUUGACAAUAUAAACUGAUCGACUUCUGUUUCUUCUCAGAGAUCAUAUUUGGUGUUUAUUUUCCAAACACUACGUACCUGUUAGCACAAUCCAAAACUGAGAAAAACAAUUUAUAAAUAAUGUUUUCUCACAGAAUUCAGAGCAAUAGUUCACAACAUUAGGAGGACACAGAAUGUGAACUAAAUAAGUGGGAUUUGGUGAAAACAGAGAAUAUUUAUUGUUUUCUGCCGUGACUGUGAUGUUUCUUUCAAUGCUGUUGGCCAAUUGUGUUAAGACUACUGUGCGUCCACGCGCUAGACGAUAUCUAAUUUAUUAGUCUGAUUUGUGCGAGUGAAUGCGUAUGAGUGAUAAUGAAUGGCUAAAGGUUUGCAAAAACUGACCGUUUCUUUUGUUGAUGUGUAAAUCUGCUUUCAUAUUGAGUUCCUCAAAGGAUAUAACAGAUAUUGUAGAUUUUGUUCAUAUUGUGGAAUUAAAACAAGUUGAUCUCAAGUUUGGUGACGUAC